AUGAUUGCCUUUAUGAUCGUUGUCAACAAUGAAAGAUUGUGGACUCUCAAACUGAUGGAUUGUCCCUCAAUGUUUUGGGUUCUGUUUGAAUCCCUUGACAGGAUUGGGGGACUUCCCAUAAACUACAUCACACACAAUCCCACGAGCCCAAUUCCACUCCCAGCCCGUUCCUAUGCGUCCAGUGAUUCCUCUACACCCAGGGAGGGUUUUCUUAAUCGCUCACCUGCCACCGCGCGUCCUACAGAUCACAAAAAGGAUGAAAAGCUCCUGUGUUCCAUGUGUGGGAAGUGUUUGACCAAGAAUGAAACUCUCACCGUACACCACCGAUCUUACACGGGGGAGAAGCCAUGUUCCGUGUGCACGAGAUGUUUUCUUCGGAAACUGUGCUCGAUUAAUCAAGAAAUAUAUGACACGGAAGAAACCCCCUAUGUGUGCUCCGAGUGUGGGAAAUGUUUCAGCCAGAAGUCAAAUCUUACAUACCACCUCCGGGUUCACACCGGCGAGCGGCCGUUUUUUUGUUCCCACUGCGGUAAAUGCUUCAAAACGAACGCCCGCCUUCUCCAGCAUCAGAGGACGCACGCCGAGGUGAAGCCCUAUUCCUGUUCGGAGUGCGGGAAGUUCUUUACUACAAGUUCGGCUCUUGUCAAACACCAGAGCACUCACACCGGGGUCAGGCCGUACCCAUGUUCGGAAUGCGGAAAAUGUUUUACCACGCACUCAGUCCUUGUCAACCACAAGAGAACUCACACGGGGGAGAGGCCCUUUUCAUGUACGGAAUGCGGCAAGUGUUUCACCACGACUUCGGCUCUCGCCGACCAUCAGAGGAUUCACACCGGGCAGAAGCCGUAUUCGUGCCCGGAAUGCGGGAAAUGUUUUACUACGCGCUCGGCUUUCGUUUACCACCAAAGAACUCACACCGGGCAGAAGCCGUAUUCCUGUUCGGAAUGUGGGAAAAGUUUUACCACGAAUUCGGCUCUCGUCGGCCACCAGAGGACUCACACCGGUCAGAAGCCGUAUUCCUGUCCUGAGUGUGGAAAAAGUUUUACCACGCGCUCGGCUUUUGUUUAUCACCAGAAAACUCACAGCACGGCAGAGGUGCAGUAGUCAUAUUCAGAUGGCGGGGAAUGGUUUACCGGAAAGAAGUAAG